CGCUGGUGUUUGGGAGGGGAGAGGAAGAAGAGGGUGAGGAUGGGUGGAUGGAUGGGAGGGCUUGAAAAGAUAGAGACUGAGAAGAGAAGUUAGCCUCGUGAUGUUUAUCAAGGUGGAGUCUUGGCGAAGAGAUUUCGCAAUGGCUGGACGGCCACGAGCAUCGACCUCCCAGCUCUCACCGACAGGAAUGAGAGCACCCAUCCAUCCCUCUGUCGAAUCGAAGCUGUGCCGCCCACCCAUCAUCGGCUUCGGCGAGGACGACUUUCUGCGAGGAUCGCCAUGCACUGUGCGGCGGGCUGGGGCGGAUCCUGCUGGAGGAAUUGGCGGCUGUGGUUGGAUGUCGCGCGGUGGAGGCACAGGGAAGAUGGUGAGGCCGUCGAACUCUAUACUGUGCGCGAGUCAGCCCAGAUGCGGGCGGCGGGCGGGCGGUGAGAAGCUGCAGAACUGUGUGGGCGCCGGGGCACGCACGGCCCGACUCUGUCGACAGGUGAGGCUUAGCUGCCGCUUUGGGACUGAUCCCGCUGGCGGCAGAAUUUUUCUCGACUCUUUCCACGCGUGUCAGCGUGGUGGAUGCCGAGACACGCCGCUCACUCUGCUACUGUUUCUGUUAUCCACUGCCUACUGUACAGCAGUGGAGCUCUUGGCCAUGCACGCAGCGUCAUUUGUCGAUGGCCGCCGUUAGAUUUUGCAUCUGCCAAAGCCCACGUUUCUAUCUGCAUUCAUCUGCCCCUCUUUGCACCGUGCCGGCACAGUGUGUUUCAGCCUCACCGCCUGCAGUUUCCGGCCUAUCCGUGACGUAUGCACGUAAGGAAAGGCAU